AUGGCUUUCCGCCGACUCGUGGCUGCCUCCGCAGUUGCCGUGUGCUCCGCACGGCUGACAAGGUGGGAGAGCCACGGGGAGUUGAUGGAUGAGGAGGCAUUGAAGGAGAAGGCUUUCUCCCAGGAUUUGAUCGAUGCCGUGAACUCGGCUGAGGGUUCAACAUGGACGGCAGGCGAGAACAUCCGCUUUGCAGGCGCCACUCUGAAAGACGCGAAGAUUCUCAUGGGGACCUUGCAAGACUUGGACAACGGCAGUGUCCUUCCCUACAAGGCCCCCGAGGAUGUCGAGUUGCCAGUGGAGUUUGACUGGCGAACGGACCCGCGAGCGCAGGAUUGCCCCAGCUUGAAGGAGGUCCGCGAUCAGGCGGACUGCGGAUCUUGCUGGGCUUUCGGAAGUGUGGAGGCCAUGACGGAUCGCGUCUGCAUCGCCAGCAAGGGCAAGAAGAAGAUCCACCUUUCCGCCGAGGACGUCACGAGUUGCUGCAACCUCGGUGACAUGGGUUGCAACGGUGGGAUCCCGUCCACCGUCUACAGUUACUACAAGUCUGUGGGCAUCGUGGAUGGUGGAAACUACGGUGACAAGUCCAUGUGCUACUCCUACCAGAUGCAGCCCUGUGCGCACCACUCAGUGUCGCCGCAUUACAAGAACUGCACCGGUGAGGAGCCUACGCCCUCCUGCGCGAGGAAGUGUGUGGACAAUGGUGCAGACUGGAGCAGUAGCAAGCACUACGGCACUGGUGGAUACAGCGUGUGUCAGCAGGGCAGCGGCACAAAUUGCGCCCAAGCGAUGAUGCAGGAGAUCUACACAAAUGGCCCCAUCACCGGCAUGUUUUUCGUGCACCGAAGCUUCCUGUCGUACAAGUCCGGUGUCUACAAGGCCGGCUUCUUCUUCAAAGAUCCCAUGCUGGGUGGCCAUGCCAUCAAGAUCCUGGGUUGGGGCACCGAGAACGGCACGCCCUACUGGCUGGUGGCCAACAGCUGGAAUGCUGAUUGGGGAGAUCAUGGUUUCUUCAAGAUUGAGCGCGGCACUAACCAGUGCCAGAUUGAGAACCCAAUCAUCAACGGCGGUCCGGUUGCGGGCCAACCGAAGCUGCACUUGGAGGAGUUGGUCGAAUUCAAGUGGGCCGAAUUCUUUGCCCGGCGCAUGCGCCAGCAGCCUGUGUGUUUACUGGGGAUUUCAUCGCUGUUCCUAGUUGCUGCGGAUGUGACAGCAUUCGCUGCCGCUGCCAGCGGCGGUGAGCACCAGAUGCGUGUUCGGAGAGCUUUGCUGUUCGCGCAGGGGCUGGCUCUGCAACAUGUGGAGGAGGGCCCACGCGCUUCGCAAGGCGCCCGGGCUUUGGAUCUCCUGAGGACCCGAUGGCCACUGUGGCAGCUGCUGCGCAGUGUCCGCAAGGAGAUGGCUUCUGGCAGCCGAUUCGCACUUCCAGCUCCGCGCCGUGCGGCGCUUCCGGAAACGUCCCUCGAGUUGCCGGAGGAGGAUGUCUAUCUCACUGUGAUCGUCCAGUGCCGAAACGACGACUACGGAGGCAGCAUGCUCCUUCGCUUGAACCGAAUGCUGGCAACAACUGCGACAAUGCUCCACUCAGCUCAAGUGCCAGCUGAGAUCAUUGUCGUGGAAUGGAAUCCACCACUGCACGAACCCCACAUGCGGGAAGCCAUCACGCGUGAGCCUGGUGGAGAGAGCGUACCCAUCCGAGUCAUCCAUGUGCCCACCUCGAUUCACAUGUCCAUGCCUCACCAUAAGGCGCAUCCGAUUUUCGAGCAUACGGCAGAGAACAUAGCAUUCAGACGGGCUCGUGGACAGUUCAUUCUCAAGACGAACAUAGACAACAUUCUCAGUCCGUUUACAGUGAUGUUUAUCGCCAGGAGAGAACUGCAGCCCGAUGUGGUUUAUCGUGCUGCCUACAUGGAGUACGAUGUGACAUGUCCCGAGACAGAGGGCAUGACUGCGAACGAGUUGCUCGAUUGGCUCUUCUCGCGGGAGGACUUGGUGAACAACAUGAACUUGGAGUUGGCAGACCUGAGAGAAAAGUAUCCAGACGACGCCAUGGUGUGCGUGGAGUCUGGACAAGACGUCGCCCAAGGCGAAUUCGAGCACCGACCUUUCUACUGGCCUGGCAGCGGGGACUUUGUGCUCACAAGUAGAAGCUGGGUAUUGGCCGUCCACGGGUAUCCGGAGGUGGCUCAGAAUUGGCAGACUGAUGAUUUGAUUCAUUGUCGACUGCGUGCUGCUGGCGUACGGCAGGUGGUGCUGCAGCCCCCGUGUGUUACGGUCCAUCAGAACCAUCGGCGCAUAAAUCGGGUCCGUGCCAGCACCAGAUGGGUCAUCACAGACCACAACUUCAAAGAGGUUUGUGCCAACCCGUUUCGUCCGAUGCAGACCGAGAUUGGCUUGGAUGACAAUUGGGGCUUCGCAGACUAUGCCUUCGAUGAGUUCGUGCUGUAG